AUGAAAACAGCAAUCAGCUUGUUAUGUGUGGUGGUGUGUGCCUCGGCCGUCCAGGUCGGGUACGUGGCCCCGGCCUCCAGCUAUAUCUACAGAAGCGACAACGAUGGACCAGCCAGCCUCAUCCAGGUGGGAGCGCACAAUUACCAGCAACCCCCAGCAUUUGCGGCUUCCUUGCCUCUUCUACAGCCUUUGAAAGCUGCCGAGGCUUACGACUUGGCCCCGAUACCUUUACCCUACGUAGCCGCGAAACCUAUCAUUGUAGAAGAUGCUGAAGAAGAUGAUGAGGGCUCUGACGAAUCCGAAGAAAGUGAGGAGGGAGGAUUAGUAGAACAUGGUGUCGCACACGAUGUAGGCGGCGGUAGUGCUUAUGAUGAGGAGCAUCAUGCCGCUCAUGGUGAAAAGGGUUCCAAGGGGUACCAUAGUCAGGACCAUCAUGCCAAGGGUGCCGCUGGCCAAUACGGUAAGACACACAAGGAAGGAUACUUCCAUGGCGCUAAGGGAGAAAAAGGUGAACAUCACGACGAAGCCGACGCUCACGGAAAACAUUACGAAGCCGGCAAAGGCUACAAGGGUGGUGACCACGGCCACAAGAAGCACUUCAGCAAGGGUGAGGAAGUGACCGGGUACCAUAAGGUGUUCCACAAGGACGAGUUCAAGAAGGACCACGAUUUCUAUGACGUCGCUGACAAGAGAGGUAACUUCAAGAAGCACGGAUCUCAAGAAGCUCACCACGCUUCCGAAGCUGGCGCACACAAGAAGGGUGGUCACAGCGAUUCAGGCUACAACAAGGGUGGUUUCGGAAAAUCUGGAUACCAUGCAAAAGGGGUAGUGGACGAAUCCGAUGAGGGUCACUCUGCUGAAGAGGGAGCCGACAGCCACUAUAAGCAACAUGAAGACUAUGGUAAGAAGGGAGCCAGCAGCCAGGAGAAGGAGUACGCCUAUGGUGAUGCUGAUGGCGAAUACUAUGUAGACGAGGAUUGAAAUUCAAAAAAA